GAGCGACAAGGGGGGAAAGAAGAACGACAAAAGCGGAACGAGUUCGGGCAAUUUUGAUUUGACUUUCUCUCCCCCCCUCCGCCACGGACCACCACCAACCAGCCAGCCAGCCUGCCUCUGUAACUUGGGAGCAAAAAGUUAUCAAGAUGCCAGCGAGGUUUGCCUUUCCGGAUGAGUUUACGUCACUUGUAUGUGUGCGGGGAUCGUAAUUUGUUUCUCCAUUAGGGUUAAAGAGGAGAAAGGGGGGGUAGGUAGGUAGGUAGGUAGGUAGGUAGGUAGGAAGCUCUCACUAGGGGGCUAAGCCACAGAUACUCCCCGCAUGACACUUCAAAGAAAACAACGACGACGGUCAGCUGUUCGAGGGGGUUAAAAAAGACAAAAAAAAGAAAAAAAGAAAAAGAGAGAGAAAGAGCCGCCGGGUGAGCGGGUCGGAGUGAUUGGACGCCCAAGCCUUGCCCGCGGACGGCGGCGGCGGAGGAUGCCAGGAUGCCCUCUCUGAUUCCUCAUCUGCUGGUCGUCUGGCUGAGUGUUUACGGGCUGGUGCGGUGCACGGAGCGCGCGUCCGCCCGCGAGCGCUUCAAAGUGGUCAUCGCCCCUCUGAUCUGCAAGAGGAUCUGCCUGAAGGGACAGUGCCGGGAUACCUGCGAGCAAGGCAACAACACGACGCUGAUCGGCGAGAACGGACAGGCGGCGGACACGCUCACCGGACCCGGCUUCCGAGUGGUUGUGUGUCCACUGACGUGUAUGAAUGGCGGAGUAUGCAGCUCCAGGACUCACUGUCUGUGUCCGUCUGGUUUCACCGGUCGGCUCUGCCAGUUUCCACUCCAGCAGAUGCAACAAGCUCAGGCAGCACGUGGCAACAAGCAGCCUGUCUACCCUGUAUCAGUAAAGCCAGACAGCCAGAACCAAGGCGAGCAAACGGCAAUGGGGCGUACCCAGCUGGCACAAACACACUCAGUUUUUACCCUGCCCCUGGUGCAAGGAGGGCACCACUCAUCAGAAGUGCAGAUUAACUUACGGGUCCACCACACCCCGGACACCUCCGUGAUCAUUCAUCCUCUUGAGCAGUCCGACGCCAAGCCUCCUCACAAGGCCAUGGCGCGCGUGGCCCAGCAGAGACACAAACCGAAGGGCCGUUGCUUCCAGGAGACCACCCCCAAACAAGCUUGUAACAGCACCCCACUCCCUGUUCUGACCAACCAAGAGGACUGCUGUGGAAGUGUGGGGAAUUCAUGGGGACAAAAUAAAUGCUAUCAAUGCCCAAAGCUACCAAAUGCAUCUGUCAAGCAGACCAUUGUUGAAGACUAUGGCUCCACCUGCCCACAGGGCUACAAAAGAUUCAACAGCACACACUGUCAAGAUAUCAAUGAGUGCUCCAUGCAGGGGGUGUGUCAGAACGGAGACUGUCUAAACACACUGGGCAGUUUCAAGUGUUUCUGCAAGGCUGGUUUGGUGCUCGACAGGAACAGAUGUGUAGAGUCUCCGGCCGAGCAGGGUCAGUGUUUCCUCAUGGUGUCUGAGUCUGGCCAUUGUGAGCAUGCCCUGCCCACUCCACAUACCCAGGAGAUGUGCUGCUGCACGGUGGGCAAAGCCUGGGGCAGCAAUUGUGAAAGAUGUCCGCAGAUUGGCACAGCGGCGUUCAGUAAGAUUUGCCCAGCCGGAAGAGGCUACAUCCUCCAAAAUGUGAGAGAGACUGUGGCCUUCCCUCCUCAUAUCUACGCCGUCGCGGAGAAUGGUGUUCGCAAGCCAGACAAGACACAACAGGGAGAAAUCAAGACACCGGAGAGACCACCAGAGACGACCACCGCUGUACAACAGGCUCCCAUCAGUACCAACGGUCCACGUGUGCCGAUUGCCAAACCCACUCCUCCACCAAUCAUCAGGGUGAACCCAGGCAACGACCCCUUUGAAACACAGACUCAAGUGUCACCAGAGAUAGAUGAAUGCAAGCUAAGCAGGAACAUAUGUGGUCAUGGAGAGUGUGAGAACAGCCCGAGCGGCUACACCUGUCACUGUCAUCCUGGCUACCGUCUCCAUCCUCAGAGGAACAGCUGUGUGGAUGAUGAUGAAUGUGACUCAGAGCCAUGUGGCCAUGGCAGAGGCAUCUGCGUCAACACAGAAGGAGCUUACCAAUGCCACUGUCGCCAUGGCUACAAGCACAUGGUGCAUCAUGGGAGACUCAAAUGUGUAGAUAUAAACGAGUGCUCCAAGCAGGACAUCUGUGGUGCAGGGGGUCAGUGUAUGAACUUGCCGGGUUCCUAUAAAUGUGAAUGUCACAAAGGCUUUAGGAGCAAAUCCCACCGUCAACCAACCUGUGAAGAUAUAAAUGAGUGUUUGAAUCCCAACACUUGUCCCAACGAGCAAUGUGAGAACACGCCAGGCUCCUAUGAGUGUGUUCCUUGCUUACCGGGUCACGAAGCUCAAGGUGGCACCUGCUAUGAUAUCAACGAGUGUCAGAAACACGGUGUGUGUCCCAAGGGCCGCUGCGAAAACCUCCCUGGUACUUAUCGAUGCCUCUGCAAUGAGGGCUUCCUGCCAUCCGCAGACAGCAAAAGUUGCAUAGACAUUAAUGAGUGUGAGGAUGACCGGCUGUGCGCCAACGGCCGCUGUGUCAAUGCAGAAGGCUCCUUCUAUUGCCGGUGCUACCCAGGAUACCAGCGCACACAGGAAGGAAGCCACUGUGAAGAUAUCAAUGAGUGUGACAGGCCCUCAAACUGCCAAAGGGGCCGCUGCAUCAACAAUAUGGGCUCUUACCACUGUGAGUGCCAGAAGGGCUACAUGCUGGUUGGAGGCCAGAGAUGCCAAGACAUAGAUGAGUGUGCAGCAGACAGAAGUCUUUGCCAGCCUCACGGGAGUUGUGAGAACAGACCUGGUUCAUAUAUGUGUGUGUGCAAUUAUGGCUACGUCCUCUCUGAGGACAAACACAGCUGUGAAACAGUUGAGGUGCAGAUGGAUGAAAAGAAGGAGUGCUACCUGAACCUUGAUGACACUGUGUUCUGUGACAGCGUCCUGGCCACCAAUGUCACCAGGCGAGAGUGCUGCUGUUCUAUCGGGGUCGGAUGGGGGGAUCACUGCGAAAUCUACCCCUGCCCUGUCUACCACUCAGCCGAGUUCCACUCCCUGUGUCCAGUGGGGCGAGGUUUCUACCAUGAGGAAGGAACCACAGAAUAUGGCCUGUUUCUUCGCAGAGAUAUAGAUGAGUGUGUGCUCUUCGCCAAUGAGAUCUGCAAGGAGGGCCGCUGUAUGAACACACAGCCAGGCUACGAGUGCUAUUGUCAGCAGGGUUUCUACUAUGACAGUAACCUCCUUGAGUGCAUUGAUGUGAAUGAAUGCCACGAUGAGUCUCUGUGUACUAACGGACAGUGCGUCAACACCAGAGGGUCCUUCUACUGCAACUGUAAGGCCCCCUGGACACCAGACUCCAACAAGAAGAAGUGUGUGAUCACAACAGUAUCAGGUGAUUCAACGUUAACUGUGCAAAUCAUGUUGCAGAAUCGUGUGCAAAUCUGUGCAGAUCGCGUGGUGUCUAAACAGGAGACCUGCUUAAACAGUAUUGACGAAUGCCAGGAUCCAGCCAACUGUAAAAACGGACACUGUGUGGACACCCCUGGGUCCUACUACUGCAUCUGCUCACCACCCUGGACCCUGGCCACCGACCGCAACAGCUGUGUGACCCCCGAGGAGCAGGCUGAUGUGAAUGAGUGCCAGGACCCCUCGUACUGUAAGAAUGGGAGGUGUGUGAAUACGCCAGGCUCCUUUCACUGUAUUUGCAACCAGCCCCUCACCUUCAGUGCAGCGCUCAAACAGUGCGUCUAUGACGACCGCACGGCGGCCCAUAAGGACGUGUGUUUUCUACAGGUGGACGAGGACUUGAUCUGCAGCAUGCCCAGAAACGGCCUGGUGGUCACCUACUCGGAAUGCUGCUGUCAUUAUGGUCGUGGGUGGGGGCCUGAGUGCCGUACCUGUCCACAGAGAAACUCUGUGAUUUUCAGCCGUCUGUGUGAGAUGCAUCUGGAGACAGAGUCUGACGGGGAACUAGAUUUCCUGGCAGCUUUUGCCAACUACAACCCAGGUGACAGUUCAGAGGAGGAUUCAGAUGAAUGCAGCUGUGCCAACGGCCGUUGUGUCCCUUCCUACCUGGGAACCAUGUGUGAGUGUAAUCCGGGUUAUAGGCUGGACCACUCCCGUACCCGUUGUUUAGAUAUCGAUGAGUGCGCUGAGCCAGGAGUUCGUAUCAACACCUGCAAGAACGCUCGGUGUGUCAACACCUCCGGCUCCUUCAAGUGCUUCUGCAAACAAGGCUUUGUGGCCGCGCGGAGACCGAACGUUUGUGUCCGUCACAGAGCUCGAUAACCUCCGUCUCUCGCCUUGUAAAUUCCGGUCAGUCUGACAAACCCAAACAUGCCCCUUCGAGGUUCAGCUCUGUCUCACAAUUAAAACUUGUAAUUAUUUGCCUGUGUGUAUACUGUGUUCCUAAAAACUUGUUCACUCGUUGGGGGGAAGGGGGGGGGGGAUCCAUACCAUUUUGUACGGCUUAUUAGAAAUGUACCGAUCAUUGUGUACUCCUUUCUCCUUGUUGCACAAAUAAAUCUACACAGACCAAGGCAUAGGCUUGUUUUGUUAUGCAUUUUUGUAAUUAUUGUUUUGUUAAAACUGUUAAUGAACUUUAAUAUGGGUGUUUUGUCCGAUGUUGUAGUUGUGUUGGUGUUAUGUUGGUCUUCAUUCUGCAUUUUAAUAUGUUUGUUCUCAAGGCUUCGGUUCAUUUUAAUGAUGCUUUUCAAAGUAAUUCCCCGCAAAUGUAGGAAUUUGCACAUCGUUCUAAUCGUGUAGAAUAGCACAAUACGUGUUUGUGAACCUCUCCCUCCCGAAGCCCUAAUCUCACAGAGAAUUGUGACCCUGAAAAUGUGUCUUUACUUGGACAAUUUCAGUUUUUUUUUUUUUAUGACAUUUACAAGAUCAAGGUUUGAUAGCUCUUUCAUAGCUGGUCAUCUGCACAAAACUGACUGGACUUGUCCUAGACCUAGAUGCUGGGGCGAGAAUACCAUGUGAACUUUUCACUUUUAGUGGCCCUCCCUUUGACAUCUUCACUUUAGAAUAAAGUCUGUAAUGUCUGGAAUGAGUGUGCAUCCUCUACUUGGGAUGUGUCUGUCUCUAUUUUGUGUUUUUUUUUUUAAACCAUGCAUUGGUGAAUUUGUUUGUACAGUUUGUUGUUUCAGAAUAUCCUUGGUUCUUGUCUGAAUAAUGGAUGCCUACCUAUCUUUGCAUUUUUGUUAUACAGUAUUGGAAGUGGAAGUGUUUUGUAUAAUUUUGACAAAUGCACCUAAGUGGACUUAUGGCAAUCGUGCUAAGCAAUGACUCAAGAGGGAACGUCUGCUUCGUGUAGCAGACUGAUCAGGAAGAAAAUGUGACAGCUCUUGGCUAAACUGCUGCAUUUUGUCUAUUAGCCUAAUUUACAGAACCAAAGACGCUUUGAGGAAAGAAUAAUUUUGAUUAAAAGACAGAUGUCAACCACUCA